GUUGACAAGUGAAUGCCUCUUUCCAGUCUCCCAAGACUUGCUUCUUAUGGGCUUCUUAGACCAGCUUUUUCAGUUUACAUCCACAUGCUGCCAACUGUCACCCAGGAGAAGGAGGACGGAAAAGCUCAGCAAAGUGGCAGCUAUUGGUCAACCAUCCCCUGUAUAAUGGCCAGUCUUUUACGAGUGGUAGCUACUGGCUGCUCAAGCGCAACCUUCUGUGGAGUGAUAUCAAGAAAACCACAAACUGUCAAGACAUCAAGUUUACGCUUCUUCCAAUCCUUUCAAGUUCGAUGGUGCCAGAACUCUGCUAACCCAGGCAUUCCUUAUAAGCAAUUAACUGUUGGAGUACCAAAAGAAAUUUUCCAGAAUGAGAAGAGAGUUGCAUUGUCCCCUGCUGGUGUGCAGGCCCUUAUUAAGCAGGGUUUUAAUGUUGUGGUAGAGUCGGGAGCAGGAGAAGCUUCCAAGUUUGCAGAUGAACAUUACACUCAAGUUGGUGCUACCAUCAAAGGGGCCAAGGAUGUUCUCUCAUCAGACAUAGUCCUUAAGGUGAGAGCUCCCAUUUUUAAUCCAGCUCUUGGUACUCAUGAGGCUGAUCUUUUAAAAGAUUCUUCUACUCUGGUCAGCUUUAUCUACCCUGCACAAAACCAGGAACUUAUGGACAAACUAUCCCAGCGGAGAGCUACUGUACUAGCUAUGGAUCAAGUUCCAAGAGUGACCAUCGCCCAGGGAUAUGAUGCUCUUAGCUCCAUGGCGAACAUUGCAGGUUAUAAAGCUGUAGUUUUGGCAGCCAACCAUUUUGGACGAUUCUUCACUGGUCAGAUUACAGCUGCUGGAAAAGUUCCCCCUGCAAAGGUUCUUAUUAUUGGAGGUGGUGUAGCUGGUUUGGCAUCUGCAGGUGCUGCCAAAGCAAUGGGAGCCAUUGUAAGGGGGUUUGAUACCAGAGCAGCAGCUUUGGAGCAGUUCAAGUCUCUGGGAGCUGAGCCUCUGGAAGUAAAUAUUACGGAGUCUGGGGAAGGUCAGGGAGGCUAUGCCAAGGAGAUGUCAAAGGAGUUUAUUGAAGAAGAGAUGAAACUUUUUGCAAAGCAAUGCCAAGAGGUUGACAUUCUCGUCAGCACUGCCCUGAUUCCUGGAAAAAGAGCACCUAUUCUAAUAACUAAAGAGAUGAUUGAGAGCAUGAAAGAUGGCUCAGUUGUUGUUGAUUUGGCUGCUGAGGCUGGAGGCAAUAUUGAGACAACUGUAUCAGGAGAGUUAUCUGUGCAUAAGGGUGUUACGCACAUUGGAUAUACGGACCUUCCCAGCAGGAUGGCAACUCAGGCCAGCACUUUGUACUCCAAUAACAUCAUCAAACUUCUGAAAGCAAUUAGCCCAGAUAAGAAUAACUUUUACUAUGACAUUAAAGAUGAAUUUGAUUAUGGCACAAUUGACCAUGUGAUUCGAGGAACUGUCGUUAUGAAGGAUGGCAAACUGAUAUUUCCAGCACCUCCACCUAAAAAUAUUCCACAGGCUGCUCCAGUAAAGCAGAAAUCAGUUCAGGAAAUAGAGGCUGAAAAAGCAGCCUCCCUUUCCCCUUUCAGAAAAACAAUGACAACAGCCAGCAUGUACACUGGUGGUAUUUCCACUUUAAUGGGCUUGGGCCUGGUAGCACCAAAUGCCGCUUUCACUCAGAUGGUGACAACGUUUGGUCUAGCAGGUAUCGUGGGCUAUCAUACUGUCUGGGGAGUCACCCCAGCCCUCCACUCUCCUUUGAUGUCUGUUACCAAUGCCAUCUCAGGUCUAACUGCUGUGGGUGGCCUGGCUUUGAUGGGAGGUGGCUAUGCUCCCUCAUCCUCUGCCGAGUUACUUGCUGUGCUGGCAGCCUUCAUCUCUUCUGUGAAUAUUGCUGGUGGUUUUCUGGUCACCCAGAGAAUGCUGGACAUGUUUAAGCGACCCACUGACCCUCCCGAAUACAACUAUUUGUACCUCCUGCCUGGUGCUGCCUUUGUUGGAGGGUAUGGGGUUGCUCUGCAGAGUGGAUACAACAUUGAGCAGAUGAUGUACUUGGGCUCAGGUUUGUGCUGUGUUGGUGCAUUGGCUGGCCUCUCAACCCAAGGCACAGCUCGACUUGGCAAUGCACUUGGAAUGAUUGGUGUUGCUGGUGGCAUAGCAGCUACACUUGGGGCACUGAAGCCUUCUCCUGAACUCUUGGCUCAGAUGAGUGGUGCCAUGGCAGUUGGUGGCAGUAUUGGCUUGACUAUUGCUAAGCGUAUCCAGAUUUCUGAUUUGCCUCAGUUAGUGGCUGCUUUCCACAGUUUGGUUGGGCUUGCUGCUGUCCUGACAUGUGUGGCAGAGUAUAUGGUUGAGUACCCCCAUUUUGCCACUGAUCCUGCUGCUGACCUGACUAAAAUAGUAGCCUACCUAGGUACUUACAUUGGUGGAGUGACAUUCAGUGGGUCUCUCAUUGCUUAUGGGAAACUGCAAGGUGUUUUGAAUUCAGCACCCCUCCUCCUCCCUGGCAGACAUGUCUUAAAUGCAGGAUUAAUGGCUGCCAGUGUUGGUGGAAUGAUUCCCUACAUGAUUGAUCCAAGCUUCACCACUGGUAUUACCUGCUUGGGUUCUGUCUCCGCACUGUCUGCAAUCAUGGGUGUGACUUUGACAGCUGCAAUUGGUGGUGCUGACAUGCCUGUGGUAAUUACAGUCCUGAACAGUUAUUCUGGGUGGGCAUUGUGUGCUGAAGGAUUCUUGCUCAACAACAACCUUCUCACUAUCGUUGGGGCACUUAUUGGAUCUUCAGGAGCAAUACUUUCAUAUAUCAUGUGUGUGGCAAUGAACCGAUCCCUGGCAAAUGUUAUUCUUGGUGGCUAUGGAACUUCAUCCACUGGAACAGGCAAACCAAUGGAAAUCACUGGUACACAUACAGAGGUUAAUGUGGAUCAAACUGUAGAAAUGAUUAAAGAGGCUCAUAGCAUCAUCAUAACCCCAGGGUGGGGCCUGUGUGCAGCAAAGGCCCAGUACCCCAUUGCUGAAUUAGUGAAGUCCUUACAAGAACAAGGAAAGAAAGUUAGAUUUGGUGUUCACCCAGUUGCCGGACGGAUGCCUGGACAGCUUAAUGUCUUGUUGGCCGAAGCAGGAGUUCCAUAUGACAUUGUACUUGAAAUGGAUGAAAUCAAUGAAGACUUUUCAGAAACUGACCUAGUCCUUGUUAUCGGUGCAAAUGAUACUGUGAACUCUGCAGCACAAGAAGAUCCAAACUCCAUCAUUGCAGGCAUGCCAGUUCUUGAAGUCUGGAAGUCUAAGCAGGUCAUUGUUAUGAAGAGGUCAUUGGGAGUAGGUUAUGCAGCUGUGGACAAUCCCAUCUUCUAUAAACCUAAUACUGCAAUGCUGUUAGGAGAUGCCAAAAAGACCUGUGAUGCUCUGCAAGGAAAGGUUCGAGAGGUGUACCAGUGAUCAGUCUGAGGAAAAUCAGCUUCUUAUACCAGUUUUGAAAAAUGCAAAUUCUCCUCCUUUUAUUGUUAUUAACAUAACUGACAAUUACAGUCAGCCCACAAGUGUUUAAAUAAUUGUACUGUGUGGUUAUAUUCUUUAUCAUCUUCCAUUGUCAGGAAAAUAAGGGAUCAUUUUUGCAUUUUUUACUUAAAUGGUUUUAGUAUUGUUAAAACACCUUCCUAUACAAUUUCCAAAAACAUUUUGCACAAAUCAUAACUGCAUUAUCAUUGUUUUUAAAAAAUAGUUUUAUUUUAAGUAUUUUCACAAUCACUGUUGUUUUAUAGUUCUCAAACAAUAUUACAAUUGUAUUAAUGUUUUGAUGUCCAACUAAGAAAUAGAUUUUUUUUAUUACAUAACAUAUAUCCUGAUUUACAUUGUAAUGAUCUCAACCAACACUUUGUAUUAACUUUUUUUUGAGAACUUGAAAUUGUAAUUAUUACUAUAUUCUAUUGUUUUGGCUGUAAAGAGAAACAGAUUCUCCAUUUAGCAAUAUUUUGUAUACAGUACUUUGUAGUCUGUAGGUUUAAUCUGCAGAGAGAUUCAAAUAUACAUAAAUGCUUCAGACUGUGUCAGGGUCAUUCAUAUUGUAAUGCCCUUGAAGUAUAAAUUCUUAAACAUAUUUGACAAGCAGCUGAAAAGUAAAGUAUGAGCAUCUGAUUUAUGUGCAGCAAAAACACGGUCAUCAUCCUAAAUACAUGACAGAAAAUCCAGCUGGGUUACCAGGAAUUUGUUAAAAGUGUGUUUAUUAACCAGGUGGUAGUAGAGUAGGUUACUGUAAGAAUUGUUUGUAACCCACUGCAGGGAAAAACGCCAAAUAUGGGGGAGUCUAAGAAGUUGCAGGAACUUUGUAAUGUAUAAUUAGACCUUGUUCAAUAGUGAGAAUGUAAAUUAAAAUUAUAGGCUUUUAGUUGAUUUCCUUUAAGUGCUGUAAUUAACUGUACUAAUGAAAAUUAAAGUAAAAAAAUGCAUUAUCCCACACAUUAAAAAAAAAAAAAAACAAACUAAUAUCAAAGUAAUUCGAUACAUAGAUAGUUGUUUUAUAAUAUGUUUUCCCUUUCUCAACUUCAGGAGCACAUUUAUGAUUAGGUUCAGAAAUAUUGCUUAAAUUCUUAAGUGAAAUCCAAUAACAUAGUUAUAUAUUGUCCAUACAUUUCUGAUGUAAUAGUUUUGAUUUUAAAUGAUUUAUUUUAAUGUUCUGUUAGCAUUAUUUUAGUUAUAUAGCUCCAGCAUGAUAAAUAGCAAGUCAAUAGCUAAUGUAAAAAGGAAGACAAACUGGCAUUCAUUUAUUUUCAGCUAAGUAAAUACCUAUUGGAAAGCAUUAAAAUUUACUAUUCCUUAACAUAGAAGACAGGGUGCACAUAUUUCAUGUAGCAUUAUAAGCUUAUAUAAAAGCUUAGGUAUAGAAAGUAACAAGACUUUUAAAAAAAAAAAUUGAUUGAAGCAGUACUGGUAAAAAAAAAAAAAAA